UCACUUUCAUCCCUGCUUGAGUGUUACACAGCGCAAAAUAGAGGUUCCUGCCAGCAUUAUGAGCUAAAAGAAUGGCGGAAGUGGCGGCAACACGUUGUUGAAAGGAGGAAUCGAGUGAGCACGUUGAUUCCCGUUCUGUUGGGUUGCUCAUGUUCCACUUCUUUGGGUACCGGUGGCCCACCACGUAUAUAUGGCCGGAGGAGAGUCAGGGCGCAUGUCAACCCGGAUGCCCACCAUCUACGACCGUCUCAGACUAUUUUCUUCAACAGUCACCCUCCAUCUCAGCAAACACGCUGGCGUUGGAAUCGUCUGUGCAGUAGCGUAUUUCGAUCCUGGGAAUUGGGCGACAGACCUUCAAGCAGGAUCGGACCAUGGGUUUCGAUUGCUGUUCAUCGUCUUGCUCGCAGGACUGUUUGCUGCUUUUUUACAAUCGCUAGCGACGCGUCUGGGCUGUGUAACUGGUCUAGAUCUCGCGUCCCAUUGUCGUGUUCUUCUCCACGACCGUCCAAAACACAAACUUCUAUACCGUCACCUCCUACUUUACCCGCUCUACCUUCUCUCUGAAGUCGCCAUAAUUGCAACGGACCUCGCAGAACUCCUUGGGUCAGCUAUCGCCCUGGUAUUACUCUUCCCAAAACUCGAAGUAUGGCAUGGCGUUCUUCUUACAGCCUUCGACGUAAUAUUCCUGCUUGCACUCCGCGACCCACUUAGAUCAACCCCCGUGCGCGCCUUUGAGCUUCUCAUUGCCGGAUUGGUGCUCGCCGUAUUUGUCUGCAUGAUCAUCGUCGUUUCCAAAGUCCACGUCCAGUGGGCAGAUGCAUUUGAAGGGUUUCUCCCGUCCAAGACCAUCUUCAAGUCGAACGCCUUGUAUACCUCGGUCGGCAUACUCGGGGCCACCAUAAUGCCUCACAGUCUGUUCUUGGGGUCUGCUCUUGCUACCCAGAACAGACUGUUAUCAAACACCUCAGUCGACCAACCAUCGCCCCCACCACUGCAACUCGAAUCAAAACGUCCUCCGUGGCUGGAGUUCAUUUAUUCCGUGUUCCGGACCCCCGCCGCAAGCCCUCACUCUACCCGCGUGAAACGACACAGCGAUCGAGAAAACAAUAGCAUCGUCUUCAUCCGGGCCCAUCUCAACCACGCGCGACUCGAUGUCAUAGGCAGUUUGUUGGGUUUUGCGGUCCUGAUCAAUUCAAUGAUCCUAAUUGUGGCUGCCAUGGUUUUCUACUAUGGACACGACAUCUCUACGUCGAACAGCGAAUCUGCGAGUCUGUUUGAUGUGUACAACGUCAUUGAACGUGUCGUGAGCAAAGGAGCGGCAACCUUGUUUGCAGUGGCGCUUCUUGCUGCUGGUCAAAGCUCUUCCAUCAUCGCCACCGUUGCAGGACAGGCGGUUGCUGAGGGAUUCUUGAACUGGCGGCUUUCGCCGAUCCUGCGUCGACUGAUGACCCGGCUUAUCGCAGUUAUACCGUCCAUGAUCGUGGCAGUUGCCUUAGGGCGACCAGGAAUCGACACACUCCUCGUCGCCUCUCAGGUUAUACUCUCCAUCGUCCUCCCGUUCAUCAUCAUCCCCUUGAUUUUCUUCACGUCCUCGAAGACUAUCAUGCAGGUGAAGAAGCCGAGUCCGCCAAGCACUGUUUCUGAACCGGAGGCUGAUGCGGUGGGGUGGGAGGGCAGCAUCGACUACAGUAGUGGGAAAAUCACGACGCUUGUUGGGUGUGCGAUAUGGUUGAUAAUAUUCGCAGCGAAUGUGUACGUUAUAGCUACGAUGAUUAGAGACGCGGGACAUUAG